CCCGGCCGGGCGCGCCAGCCCCCGGACGUCUGCUCUCCGGGCGGAGUGCUCCUUCUCCUCCCGCGGUUUCCAGCUCCGUUCCUUCCCCGGGCUGGGAAGGGAGGCGGGAUUGAUCUUCGAUCGCGAAGAUGGCUGCUGGCUGCCUGCUGGCCUUGACUCUGACACUUUUCCAAUCUUUGCUGAUCCGCCCCUCGUCGGAGGAGCCGUUCCCUUCGGCCAUCACUAUCAAGUCAUGGGUGGAUAAGAUGCAAGAAGACCUCGUCACACUGGCGAAAACAGCAAGUGGAGUCACCCAACUUGUUGAUAUUUAUGAGAAAUACCAAGAUUUGUAUACUGUGGAACCAAAUAAUGCACGCCAGCUGGUGGAAAUUGCAGCUAGGGAUAUUGAAAAACUUCUAAGCAACAGAUCUAAAGCCUUGGUGCGCCUGGCUUUGGAAGCGGAGAAAGUUCAAGCAGCCCAUCAGUGGAGGGAAGAUUUUGCAAGUAAUGAAGUUGUCUACUACAAUGCAAAGGACGAUCUCGAUACUGAAAAGAAUGACAGUGAGCCAGGCAGCCAGAGGAUAAAACCAGUUUUUAUCCAUGAUGCGAAUUUUGGACGACAAAUCUCCUAUCAGCAUGCAGCAGUGCACAUUCCCACCGACAUCUACGAGGGCUCAACAAUUGUGUUAAAUGAACUCAACUGGACAAGUGCCUUAGAUGAAGUUUUCAAAAAAAAUCGAGAUGAAGAUCCUUCAUUGUUGUGGCAGGUGUUUGGCAGUGCCACGGGCCUCGCCCGAUAUUACCCAGCUUCUCCAUGGGUUGAUAACAGCCGAACUCCAAACAAGAUUGACCUUUAUGAUGUACGCAGAAGACCAUGGUACAUCCAAGGAGCUGCAUCUCCUAAAGACAUGCUAAUUCUGGUUGAUGUGAGUGGCAGUGUUAGUGGAUUGACGCUUAAAUUGAUCCGAACAUCUGUCUCCGAAAUGUUGGAAACGCUCUCAGAUGACGAUUUUGUGAAUGUAGCUUCAUUUAACAGCAAUGCCCAGGAUGUAAGCUGUUUCCAGCACCUUGUACAAGCAAAUGUAAGAAACAAGAAAGUACUGAAAGAUGCCGUGAAUAAUAUCACAGCAAAAGGAAUCACAGAUUAUAAGAAGGGCUUUAGCUUUGCUUUUGAGCAGCUGCUUAAUUAUAAUGUUUCCAGAGCUAACUGCAAUAAGAUUAUCAUGUUGUUUACGGAUGGAGGAGAAGAGAGAGCCCAGGAGAUAUUUACCAAAUACAACAAAGACAGAAAAGUACGUGUAUUCACAUUUUCAGUUGGUCAACAUAAUUAUGACAGAGGACCUAUUCAAUGGAUGGCCUGUGAAAAUAAAGGUUAUUAUUAUGAAAUUCCUUCCAUUGGAGCAAUAAGAAUCAAUACUCAGGAAUAUUUGGAUGUUCUGGGAAGACCAAUGGUUUUAGCAGGAGACAAAGCUAAGCAAGUCCAGUGGACAAAUGUGUACCUGGAUGCACUGGAACUGGGACUUGUCAUUACUGGAACUCUUCCGGUCUUCAAUAUAACUGGCCAAGUUGAAAAUAAGACAAACUUAAAGAACCAGCUGAUUCUUGGUGUGAUGGGAGUUGAUGUGUCUUUGGAAGAUAUUAAAAGGCUAACACCACGUUUUACACUGUGCCCCAAUGGCUAUUAUUUUGCAAUUGACCCUAAUGGUUAUGUUUUAUUACAUCCAAAUCUUCAGCCAAAGCCUAUUGGUGUAGGUAUACCAACAAUUAAUUUAAGAAAAAGGAGGCCCAAUGUUCAGAACCCCAAAUCUCAGGAGCCAGUAACUUUGGAUUUCCUUGAUGCAGAAUUAGAGAAUGAUAUUAAAGUGGAGAUUCGCAAUAAAAUGAUAGAUGGAGAAAGUGGAGAAAAAACAUUCAGAACGCUGGUUAAAUCUCAAGAUGAGAGAUAUAUUGACAAAGGAAACAGGACAUAUACCUGGACUGCUGUCAAUGGAACAGAUUACAGUUUGGCCUUGGUAUUACCAACCUACAGUUUUUACUAUAUAAAAGCCAAAAUAGAAGAGACAAUAACUCAGGCCAGAUAUUCAGAGACACUGAAGCCGGAUAAUUUUGAAGAAUCUGGCUAUACAUUCUUAGCACCAAGAGAUUACUGCAGUGACCUUAAAAUAUCAGAUAAUAACACCGAAUUUCUUUUAAAUUUCAAUGAGCUUAUUGAUAGAAAAACGCCAAACAAUCCAUCCUGUAACACGGAUUUGAUAAACCGAGUCUUGCUGGAUGCAGGUUUUACAAGUGAACUGGUCCAGAAUUAUUGGAGUAAGCAGAAAAACAUCAAGGGAGUGAAAGCACGGUUUGUUGUGACUGAUGGUGGGAUUACCAGAGUUUACCCCAAAGAGGCUGGAGAAAAUUGGCAAGAAAACCCAGAAACAUAUGAGGACAGCUUCUACAAAAGGAGUCUCGAUAAUGACAACUACGUUUUCACUGCUCCCCACUUUAACAAAAGUGGACCUGGUGCAUAUGAAUCAGGCAUUAUGGUAAGCAAAGCUGUAGAAAUAUAUAUCCAAGGAAAACUUCUUAAACCUGCAGUUGUUGGAAUUAAAAUUGAUGUAAAUUCCUGGAUAGAGAAUUUCACCAAAACAUCAAUCAGGGAUCCGUGUGCUGGUCCAGUUUGUGACUGCAAAAGAAACAGUGAUGUAAUGGAUUGUGUGAUUCUAGAUGAUGGUGGAUUUCUUUUAAUGGCAAAUCAUGAUGAUUAUACUAACCAGAUUGGAAGAUUUUUUGGAGAGAUUGAUCCAAGCUUGAUGAGACACCUGGUUAAUAUAUCAGUCUAUGCUUUUAACAAAUCCUACGAUUAUCAGUCAGUGUGUGAGCCUGGUGCUGCACCAAAACAAGGAGCAGGGCCUCGCUCGGCAUAUGUGCCAUCAAUAGCGGACAUAUUACACAUUGGCUGGUGGGCUACUGCUGCUGCCUGGUCUAUUCUACAGCAGUUUAUCCUGAGUUUGACCUUCCCACGACUUCUUGAGGCCGUUGAGAUGGAAGAUGAUGACUUUACAUCCCCUCUGUCGAAGCAGAGUUGCAUUACUGAACAAACGCAGUAUUUCUUUGAAAAUGAUAGUAAAUCAUUCAGUGGCGUAUUAGACUGUGGAAACUGUUCCAGAAUCUUCCAUGUAGAAAAACUUAUGAAUACCAAUUUAGUAUUCAUAAUGGUUGAAAGCAAAGGGACUUGUCCCUGUGACACACGGCUUCUCAUACAAGCAGAACAGACUUCUGAUGGUCCAGAUCCUUGUGAUAUGGUUAAGCAACCCAGAUACCGAAAAGGGCCUGAAGUCUGCUUUGAUAACAAUGACUUGGAGGAUUAUACCGAUUGUGGUGGCGCUUCUGGAUUAAAUCCUUCCCUGUGGUCCAUCAUUGGAAUCCAGUUUGUACUGCUUUGGCUUUUAUCUGGCAUCAGACACUGCCAGUUAUGAACUUCCAAAGCCAAAUCUGCAUAAUGAAACUCCAGACCCUGCCAAAACAUGAGUCCUCAAUUGCAUUAACAUAGGGUCAACCGUGGAAUCAGCAGAACAUUAGCUGGGCCCAUAACAUGGCAUAAAGCUAAGGCGUAGACUCACAAGGCACCCACUGGCUGCAUGUCAGGGUACCAGAUCCUUAAACUUGUAUGAAUGUUGCAUCAUCCAUGUAUAACAUCAAAGCAAAAUUCUAUACGUGCUUUACCAGGAAGUUCAAAAGUUUGUUGUUGCAUUGUUGGUGAUUACUUGUAAAAGGGCUCCCCACACAACUGUUUAUGAAUCAUACAAAUUGUCUUGAUUUUGACCUUGAAUUUGGACUUGCUGCAAUCCUUGUUCUUUAACCAAGAAAAUCUCUAGGGGGAAAAGAGAGUUAUU